AUGAUCCUCCAAAUUGUGGUUCUUCUUUCUUCCAUUACUUUUGUUCUAUCCGAAUCAGAAUCAGUUUACGACUGUGGUAAUAAGCCGACAGGAACAAACUGUACUUCAUCUUUACUUGGAUGUUGCGAUAGAAGUUUUCGCCAGGCACUUGGAAUUGACAGUAAAUGCAAUAGUGCUGCAAUUUAUGAUGAUCCUGAUUGUAUGCGAUAUGCAAUAGAAGCACUGUAUUCCAGUGCCAGUGUUGAUGAAAUCUUUAAAGUUUGUUCAGAAUUUUACAACUUCAAGACGUGCCUUGGCAGAACGUUCAGAACAUGUACCAGUGCUCGUUGGUUGAUCAUCAAUGGAAAACCGUAUACUAAAGCCGAGUUGUAUGCAACAAUAUUUGCCCAGUAUAACUUUGCUUGUGGAGCAGGACUUGACACAUUUGUCACUUAUGACACUUGUAUGUCGGGAAUUUUGGGAACAAAUUCAACAGUGUUGAAAAGAUGUCGUGAUGAAUUUUACAUCAAUAUUCAAAACAGUCCAGAUGCAAAAUGCCUUUUCUUGGAUCAACUGACUGCUUGCUAUGAGAAACCGUUCCUAGACAAUUGUGGAGUAGAAGCCGGUUGGUGGGGUUGUGAGUACGAAAGGAUUGGAGCUAGUUUAUUCCUUCCAGAAUGUUCACCAAAAUGUGUUGCAUACCAGGGAAUCAGUGGAAGAGGUCGACAAGCUGUAAAGAAGGUAAAAUAA